AUGGCUGCUCAAAUUGCUUGGAUUGGCCUCGGCAACAUGGGUCGUGGCAUUGCCAAGAGCCUUGCGGCAAAUGGCUCGCUCGGCUCCCCUCUGGUCAUCCACAACAGAACCGUCAAGCGUGCUCAUGAUUUCGUAUCCCAAAAUCCAAACACACUUGUCGCUGCAUCUGUCAAGGAGGCUGUUUCUAUGGCAGAUAUCAUCUUCACUUGCGUCAGUGGUGAUGCUGCUAUCGUUGGAACCAUCAAUGCUGGCCUGAACGACGGAGACGUCAAGGGAAAGCUCUUUGUUGAUCUGUCUACUGUUCACCCCAAUACCACCACAUCUAUCGCAGCCAAGAUUCAAGAGUCUGGUAACUCCUUCGUCGCCAGCCCGGUCUUCGGUGCUCCCGCCAUGGCCGAAGCUGGAAAAGUCAUUUGCGUUCUUGCAGGAUCCAAAGAAUCCGUUAAACAGGUUAUUCCCUACACUACUGGUGUCAUCGCCAAGUCAUCCAUGGGUUUCAGCGACCAGGUACCUGUCAAGGCCUCUGAGCUUAAGAUUAUGGGCAACACCUUUGUUAUCAGCAUGAUAGAGACGAUUGCUGAGGGUCUGAUGGUUGCUCAGAAGUCUGGCGUGGGGACUGAUGCGCUGCAUCAGUUCUUCGAGGCUGUGUUCAAGAGGUUCGAGCCUCUAUUUGCUGUUGACUUGGUCCGCAAGGAUGCUCGCCAUGCCCUGGACCAAGAAUCACAUGGGCGAUCAAGGGGAUCUCGCUGGUAUCUACGGUGCUGUGAGACAGGAAGCUGGGCUGGACUUUAA